GCGUGCAUAUUAUGUCAGGUGGAAGUGACAUAUACAUGUUCCACGUAGCGCUGUGAUCCUCAUUUUACUCUCUGCCAAAGUUUAAUGUUGGCCACUGCUGUGGAGUCGACGUCGGCAAAAAUAAUAGCCGGCAGCGACGACCUUUUGGCGGAGAUCCUCGUACGAUCCCCGGUAAGCUCUCUUAUUAGAUUCAAGUGCGUAUCCAAACGCUGGUGCAGUCUCAUCUCCGGCCAUCAUUUCAGCCUCCUCCACACCUUCCGCCACCGCAGGUCCAAGCCCUCCGGGCUUCUCUUCCGCCACAAGCCUUCUCUCCACCCUGACGCCACCACGGCGCCGGAAUCCGACUUCGAGCUCGUUCAGCUGAAUGGCGGUGUCUCUACAGCUCCAUCAUUAAGAUAUUUCAGUUUCAUUCCUGGCCAGUCAUCUGUUUCAGGUACCAUAAUUCUACAGUCUUGCAAUGGUUUGUUGCUGUGCUGUAGCUUCCCGUUUAUGGCAGGGACUAGACGUCGCUAUUACGUUGUCAAUCCCACCACUCAGCAGUACAUAGAACUCGACCCGCCUCUUGAAGAUGGCACAUCCGCCAUUUUUUUGGGUGUAAACUUGGCUUUUGAUCCUUCAAAAUCACCUCACUACAAGGUGGUUUGCGUACAAAUCACUCUACGCUCAUUGUAUAACUACCGGAUUUGGAUCUAUUCAUCCAAGACCCGCUCUUGGAGAAUCUCUUUAGAGAGCUUCGCGGCGCCGUUCGAUAUGGUUUUCACGGAAGGUGUCUUCUGGAAUGGAGCCAUUCACUGGAUCAAUCCAUACGGGGCGUCGCUGUGUUUGGAUGUCGAUCGAGAGUGCUUCAGGAAAAUGCCUGAAAUUCCAUUCCACCAAAGUAAUUUGGCUGGGAAAAGUUGCAGGUUUUUUGGUGAGUCUAAUGGCCAUUUACAUCUUGUUGAAGUUGAAGGUCCACAGACUACACAGUUUCAGGUGUUCGAGAUGAAAGUUGACUACUCUCAAUGGUUUGCCAAGUAUCGUGUCGAUAUUGGCGGCGUGGUGGCUGCAUUUCCUGAGAUGAUCCAUAGUUACCUGGAUUCCGGUGAUGGGAAUUAUUAUGAUUUCUCCAUACUUGGAGUUCAUCACGAAGACGACGAAGAUGAAUCGUUGCUAGUGUUGAAUAUACCCGGUAAGAUCAUAACUUACAACUUCAAGAACGGCAAUUCGAAGGAGCUUGUGGAUUUUGCUCCAGCGGGAAAAGACAAGAGACUGAUGCCGCAAUUGGGAUGUUUUGAUAUUUACCAAUACUCAGAGACUCUCGCUCCUGUUUGAUCAUGAUAAUUUAUUAUUUUAUUGGUUUAUUUUCUUUGGAUGAAUUAUUGGGUCUGUCCCUCCUGUUUGAUGAUUACUAGGGUUAGUUUAUUGAUAUCUUCGUUGUUGUUGCUAAAUGUGUUUAGGUUACUGAAUAAUUAAUGGUUCAUUUGUUUCAAAAAGAAUUUGUUGCCAUCUGGAAAGAAUCUUAGAAUAUGACAUGGUUCAUCAAUGUAUUCAUUGAAAAAUGUUAUUUGUACAUAAUGCAUAAGGAAAAGACAAUAAAAUGACAAA